AUGAGGUUCUCAACCCUCUCGUCCCUUCUCGGGCUCUGGAUAUCGCUCGUCGCGGCGCAGACUCCCACGGCGACCGAUCCAGUUGAGACAAGCACACCAGCGGAACAGCCAUCUUCAACACCAGAAGCAACCGGAUCAGCCACCACGCCAACAUCAACGGCUGCGCAAGGCACCGCAUCCAACGGCAAUGGCGGCGGCGGCGGCGGCGGUACAACUACAGCACCAACUAGCACACCCCCUGCAGACGUCUACCUCAAAGUCCCUGAGCUAUCCGUAGGCCGCAUCGAGCUGGACGUCGACAACCUCAACGCAGAAGUGAACCUGGCUGCCGAGAUAGCCAAGCUUGUAACCAUCAACGCCGGUGUUCAAAUCGGCAUUGAAAAGGUCAACAUCACUAUUGCGGACGUUGAGGCGGAGCUUGAGCUGGUCAUCCGUCUCGGCAACCUUGUCGACAUCGUCAACCGCACUCUAGCGUCUCUCGACCUGAAUCCGUUGCUCAUUAACCUGAUCGACACAGUGGGGGAUGUUGUCGACGACGUCGUCGGUGCGGUGGACGGCCUGCUUGGUUCCAUUGUGAACGGCGACACCAAGAUCAACUUCCUCAUCGACAACCUGGGCAACAUUGUCCAAGAGGUAGUCAACGGCGGAAGCAACGCUCUGAGCACCAUUAUUGGCAACUACCAACAGAACAUGACCUUCACGGGAUCCCAGAAGGACCUCGGCAACGGGUUGGUGGAGAAGGUUUACGAGUACGCUCCGCUCAGCUCGUUGGUUAAUAUUGUCUUCAACACGCUCGGGCAAGUCGUCAGAGCUACGGUGGUGAAGGGUGGAGGAACGGGAACUUCAACCGCGUCGGGGACGACGGCACCGCCUACAUCUGCGGCGACGAGUGCAGCGCCUGUAACAACAACGGCAGCAAGCUCAUAG